AUGUUCGGUACCAGCUCGCCAGAUGGCGCUGGGGCAAAACGAUCGUCCUCUUCGUCUUCCUCGAGUUCCUCGGAUUCCACAUCAUCCGGCUCAUCUUCCAAAUCGACAAAAUUGCUCGAAAUGCUUCAAAAACAACGUCAGAAACAAUUUGAGGAUCGGAGAAGACAGAAGGAAAUCAUGAAAGCAACCGAAACUGCCGAAGAGAAGAGAUUGCGCAGAUUGAAUAAAAAAGAGGCUAAAGAGCGUAAACGAAAGGAGGCAAUGGGUUGGGACAAGAAUUAUCUGCAUUACACAAACACCGAUAAUCCAUUCGGCGAUCGCGAUUUGUUAACGCCCUUUGUUUGGGGGAAAAAAGUCGAGAAAGAGUCUUCACUCGGUGUGAGCAGAAAGGAACUCAUGAUCAGAAAUCGGCUCAAACAGGAGGAAAGUAAAGCCGAACUGGAAAAGGUGAGAAAGCGAAUAUUAGAGUCAGAAUUCGAGAGACAGCAGAGAGAAGCUGAGAGAAGUCAGUUGCAACGUGCAAACGAUGCGGCACAAUUUGAACAGUGGGCGCGACAGGAGAGUCAAUUUGAAUUGGAACAGGCGAGACUGAGGCCCCUUUUGAGGAUUCAGCAGGGACGUGCCAAACCGAUUGAUUUACUGGCGAAGUAUAUCAGUGCGGAAGGGGAGAACGAUGCUUUGGAAAUGCACGAGCCUUACACUUAUUUGCGAGGAUUGAACGUUAAAGAUUUGGAGGAUCUCAUUGAAGAUAUCAAAGUUUAUAAAAAGUGCGAGAAAGGGAAGAAUCUUGAUUACUGGAAUGAUAUUACAGUGAUUGUGGAGGACGAACUUCACAAGCUGAGGAAAUUGGAAGGAUCGGAAUACGAAGUUGGCCUCACAGUUCCUAUGUGA